AUGAGCUCCGUCGUCUAUCUCAUGAUCCGUGAUGAUUUCUCCGUCCUAUCUUUUGGAUUUGCCGACCAAAAUGUGAUUUUAUGGUCGCCUGUGAAGUUUGGUGGACUUCGGUCACGCCGUUUAGGAGUUGGCCGUAGUUGGCUCCUUGUGCGCG